CACAAUGGUGGGUGUUCUCCUCCCUUGAAUAAUGGAAACCCCAUUUAACAGAGGACUUUGGAGCCAUACGUAGGAAUUACAGGGCCUGCCUGCCUGUGGGGGUUGCUUGUAGGCUCCAACAGAGACUGUCAACACAUAAAUAUCAGUGUUCAAAGCAGUAUGAGUGACCUUACAGAGUUUGAAAGAUGCCAAAUUGUUGCUGCACGCCUGUCCGGUGCAUCUGUCACCAAAACUGCUCAGCUGUUUAAUGUGGCAAGAGGAACAGUCUCCAGGGUCAUGACUGUAUACAUCAAACAUGGACGAACAGCAUCCGCAAAGAACAACAGUGGGCGCAAGUCUAAGCUCACGGAAAAGGAUAGACAGACACUUCUGAGGAUAGUCGAUGAGCACCCUGAAUAUACAGCCUCAAAGAUAACCUCAGAGUUAAACAGACAUCUAUCUCACACUGUCUCAGUGAAAACUAUACGGCGAGAGCUUCACAAAGCUGGUAUUUUUCGAGGAGCAGCCAGUCGGAAAGCAGAGACCGAAACUGACAGACUGGAGUCAGAAGAAAACAUUGAUAAAACUGAACCUGACAAAGAGUCUGGCAUACAGAAACCUGGUGGAGAAAACACAACACCUGAUCUACAAACAAGUGACAAAGAGUUUGGCACACAAAUCUCUGUGGGAGACAAUUUAAUAUCUGAACACUGGGCUAGAGUCGAAGAUUACAACAAAGACACAUCUGAAAAGAGAAUAGAUCCUGCAUCACAAAUCAGUGAAGAAGAGUACCGCACACACACACCUGAUGAAGAGAGCACAGGACUUGAACCUCAGAACAGCUAAAAGGACUAACUUGUUGCGUUUCAGCAUUUCUAAUCCACAUUGGUCAUGUUAAUGGAAAACCACAGAAUGCCUUCAUCCCUUUAUCUGCCAACUGUGUAAUGCGAUGGCUCUGAUUAUUUACUGUGUGUUAUGUAUUAUUUAUUUUUGCAUGAAUGACGUAUAUUCAGGCUUUUCUCAAGCUUGAUAGUGUUAUGCUGGGUGCUUUUGCCUUUUUUAGGUUAUAUGUAUCAGGAACACCUGAUUAAAAAACAAAGCAGCACCUUUUACUAUUUAUUUAAACAUUACACUGAAUCAAAAAUGUGUAUAUGUUUGUUUGUUAAAGAGAUUAUAUAAAACUGGUAGUUGGCAGAAAGCAUUUGAUGAUGUUAAAGCUCUUCUCACUCUUGCUUCAGUGUUUGCAGCUCCCACUGUACGUGAAUGCCAGCAAUACAAGUGCCAGUGCGUUAUAUAAUAGAAUAGCUUAAGGCUGGAUGUUCACUCCGGAUCCAGCUACGUCUUCUUCCUCAGUUUCAAAGACAGAGGAAUCUCACUCUUCACCCACAUGGUUUCACUUACCUCUUUGCUAACUUGUCCCUAAUAGUGAAUAUCUCGAAAAUCAAAACCUUUUUUACUAAAUGUUUUCAACUAAGAUAAUUUCAGUAAUAUUUUAAAAGCGAAAUUUUUAUUUA